AUCAACACAUCGGGGCCCAAAGAUCGGCAAUUUUGAUAAAACUAACUCAAACUCGGAAAGAUUCUUUGGUGAAAGUUGCAACAAGAAUUUGUAAAAUUUUGCAUCUUUCUACUUGGGCUUUUAACACCUUAUUGGGGAAACGGUGUUGGAAACAGCGAGGAUAUCUGCUCGGAGCCUUCACUUUUUGGGCGUGAUAAAGUGGUGAUAUUUUUGGCGCUUUUCAACAAAUUUAGAAGCAUUUUAACGCUUUUUAACAUAAGGGCAAUAACCACUAUUCUCAAGGAUCUACUUCUUCAACAUCUAUGUAUGAGGACGAUAUUAUCAGCCAAAGGGCCAGGGCCUUUCCCCUGGGCCACGGAUUGAUGCCCACCCCACAGGCUUUCAGUUUUGGAUUUCCUAUGCACCCUGCCCACGAUCCAAUGGGUCUUACAAGUCAGAGCCAGCAAUUUGGAGGAUACCCUCCUCUCUCCUCCCAUUCUGACCACAAGAGGAUGCUGGGUCCGGCUCAAGGGGACACUAUGGACAAGAACAUUAAAAUCACCCUGGAAAACCGCGACCUCUGGAGCAAAUUCCACAGCAUCGGCACAGAAAUGAUCAUCACCAAAACUGGAAGGCGAAUGUUUCCCACCCUGAAAGUGAAUUUAGAGGGCCUGGACCCCCACUCUAAGUACAUCCUCCUGAUUGACAUUGUGCCCGUGGACGACUGUCGCUACAAGUACCACAACUCAGAGUGGGUGGUCACCGGAAAAGCGGAACCACACAUGCCCGGGCGCCUCUACAUCCACCCCGACUCCCCAGCCUCCGGCUCCCACUGGAUGAAGCAGCCAAUGAGCUUCCACAAGCUGAAACUGACCAACAACAAUCUGGACCAGAAUGGACACAUAAUUCUGAACUCCAUGCACAAGUACCAGCCUCGAGUUCAUGUAGUACAAGCCAAUGAUAUCUUUACGAUGAGGUGGAAUUCUUUCAACACGUACGCGUUCGAAGAGACUGUCUUCAUCGCAGUCACGGCAUACCAAAACGAACAGAUCACACAGUUGAAAAUUGACAACAACCCAUUUGCUAAAGGCUUUCGCGACAACGGCAUGGGAAGAAGAGAUCAUCGUUUGAGCAUGAAGCGUCCUGCAGGGGAAGACAGUAUCUCUGAGAUUGGCAAAGAUAAUUUUGCCAAGAAGAUAAAAAUGGAAGACGAAGGACAUGAGAGGAAAAUAUCAAGCAGGAUUAAAUCUGAGGACGAGAACGACUCUAUUCCUCCCACCCCAGAGUCUCAUCACGCCGACGGACUGGAUGGCGACCUACAGCCCCUCCACCCCAAGACCUCACCAGUCAAUGGAAGUACGACCGGGCCACUGAAAGCAACAAGUCCAACGCAGAGUGCUACCUUGCAACAAACUCAUUGUCAAUACAUGAGCAGUGCCGCCAAAUCUUAUUCUCAAUCGUGUAUGGCGUCAUCAAACGACCAGCUCUACUACCCGCAUCACUCUCCCAUUAACCGCACAUCUCCCGCCAGCUCUUUCUUGCCCGUGUCCACCACUUCCGGUUUAUUACAACCGGUUUCUUCAAGUUUAGAUUUACACAACGUGAAUCCUCAAAUGCAGUCUUGUCGUCUGCCCCAACAGACCAGCGAUUGCGCACUUCGUCAACCAUCCGGGCAUUUACCGAGUAGCCAUAACUAUGGAAUCCGUACUACCCCGCCUACUCAACAUCCCUCUCUGCCAUCUUGCACCUAUAUGCAGCCGACACAACCUUAUCCCACUCACCUUGCUCCAAAUGUUCACAUGAUGAACAUGAACUUUACCGGACCAAUGGCCUGAACAUUUCAAAGGAUGCACAUUGUGGGAAAUAUUUCAUCUCGAUGACGUCAUCAUACCAGAGCGAGCUGUUCGAGUCGAGCACUCGAAGUUCUUGAAACGCAUAUCAAGCAAAGCCUGUGACAUUUUGUCUGAUGUGCCCAUGACAUGAGGGUAAAUGUUGUUUAUAUCUACGAUGUACAGAUACAAUUUGUUAAAUACUUGUACUAUGUUUCUAUUUAUUUAUAACAACCUUUGUACAAUGCCCUUGAAAUCCAGAGAAAUAAUGUGAAGUCCACAGAAAAUGCACCAGUAUGAACGAUAUAUGAUUUUUAUUUUGCAUGAUUGAAAAUUGGUGCUAGUACUAUGGAUGUACAAAAAUUGCAUGUCUGUAUAUGUUUGAUUACAUAUAAAAAAGUAAAAAAAAAAAUAUACAGUGUGAUA